GUUGCAUUUAGAGCUAAUUUCGGGUCCGUGUUCGAAUCGAAAAACCCCCAACCCCCAAGAAAAUAGAAGCAACGAGGAAAGAAGGGAACCCAGAGCCAGAAUACCCUCUUUUUCUCUCUUUCUUUCUAUCUAUUUGUGCUUCGUUAUCCACUGUGGAAGCCCAUGACCUAGGAAUGGCGCAGAAGCUGGAACAGCACAUCAAGGACCUGGGAUCCCAGCUGGAGUCUCCUCCUUCCACCAAGGACGCUCUUCUCAAGCUCUUAAAGCAAGCUGCUACAUGUCUUUCUGAGCUUGAUCAAUCUCCACCAUCUUCAAUAAUGGAAUCAAUGCAACCCUUACUUAAUGCAAUUGUCAAGCCAGAACUGCUGAAGCAUCAAGAUAGGGAUGUGAAACUUCUAGUUGCCACCUGUAUUUGUGAGAUAACUCGGAUAACUGCACCUGAAGUGCCUUAUAGUGAUGACAUUCUAAAGGAUAUUUUUCACUUGAUUGUUGGCACUUUUAAUGGGCUGAGCGAUACCAGUGGUCCAUCAUUUGGAAGGAGAGUUGUCAUUUUGGAGACUCUUGCGAAAUAUAGAUCAUGUGUUGUGAUGUUGGAUCUUGAAUGUGAUGAUUUGGUGAAUGAAAUGUUCACUACAUUUUUUGCUGUUGUCAGGGAUGAUCAUUCAGAAAGUGUUUUCUCAUCCAUGCAAACAAUCAUGAUUGUUGUGUUAGAAGAGAGUGAAGAUGUUCGAGAGGAUCUGUUACUUAUUAUAUUGUCUGCAUUAGGCCGUAAUAAAAGUGAUGUUACUGCAGCUGCAAGGAGACUUGCUAUGAAUGUCAUAGAGCAGUGUUCAGGAAAACUAGAAGCUGGCAUAAAACAGUUUCUUAUAUCAUUGAUGUCCAGAGAUAAUCAUUUAGUAAAUAGUAAAAUUGACUACCAUGAAGUUAUCUAUGAUGUUUAUCAUUGCGCUCCUCAGAUACUAUCAGGAGUUGUACCAUACCUCACAGGAGAGCUGUUGACUGAUCAAUUAGACACUCGUUUGAAAGCUGUGAGAUUGGUUGGAGACCUCUUUGCUCUGCCAGGCUCAACUAUAUGUGAAGCAUUUCAGCCAAUAUUUUCAGAAUUUUUGAAAAGGUUGACUGAUAGAGUUGUUGGCAUUCGAAUGUCUGUCCUUGAACAUGUUAAGAGCUGUCUGUUGUUGGAUCCCUCCAGAUCUGAGGCUCCUCAAAUUAUCUCUGCCCUCUGUGAUCGACUGUUAGACUAUGAUGAAAAUGUUCGAAAGCAAGUUGUGGCUGUAAUUUGUGAUGUUGCUUGUCAUUCUCUUGUUUCUGUUCCUGUUGAGACAGUAAAACUAGUCGCGGAGCGUCUUCGAGACAAAUCUCUGCUGGUUAAAAAAUAUACUAUGGAAAGGCUGGCUGAGAUAUUCAGAGUUUAUUGUGCUAGCUGCUCUGAUGGCUCAAUCAAUCCCGAUGAAUUUUAUUGGAUUCCUGGGAAGAUUUUUAGGUGUUUUUAUGACAAAGAUUUUAGGUUAGAUACAAUUGAAUCUGUUUUAUGUGGGUUCCUCUUUCCUACUGAGUUCUCAAUCAGAGAUAAAGUUAAAUGUUGGAUAAGGGUUUUCUCUGGGUUUGACAAAAUUGAGGUGAAGGCACUUGAGAGGAUGCUGGAGCAGAAGCAAAGGUUACAGCAAGAGAUGCAGAAGUAUCUCUCUCUAAGGCAGAUGCAUCAGGAUAGCGAUGCUCCUGAAAUACAAAAGAAAGUUUUAUUUGGCUUCCGAAUCAUGUCCCGCACUUUUUCUGAUCCUUCAAAGGCUGAAGAGAGUUUUCAGAUUCUUGAUCAGUUGAAAGAUGCUAACAUCUGGAAGAUUUUAAUGAAUCUACUGGAUCCAAAUACCAGCUUCCAUCAAGCUUCUAGUGGCCGGGUUGAUUUGCUUAAAAUACUUGGUGAGAAGCACCGACUUUAUGAUUUUCUGAGUGCUCUCACUCUGAAGUGUUCUUAUGUACUUUUUAACAAGGAGCAUGUGAAAGAAAUCCUUCUGGAGGCUACUGUACAGAAGUCUACUGGAAAUACACAACACAUUCAAUCUUGCCUGAAUAUACUUGUGAUCCUUGCACGCUUUAGUCCUUUGCUGCUGGGUGGAGCCGAAGAAGAACUGGUUAAUUUUCUGAAAGAUGACAAUGAAAUAAUAAAAGAAGGCAUUUUGCAUGUUUUGGCCAAUGCUGGUGUUACCAUCCGAGAGCAACUUGCGUUGUCAUCAAGUUCAAUUGAUCUUAUAUUGGAGAGGCUUUGUUUAGAAGGUAGUCGGAGACAAGCGAAGUAUGCAGUGCAUGCACUAGCAGCAAUAACAAAGGAUGAUGGUCUCAAGUCCCUCUCUGUUCUAUAUAAGAGGCUUGUGGACAUGCUGGAGGAAAGGACACAUUUGCCUGCUGUACUCCAGUCUCUGGGAUGUAUAGCUCAGACUGCGAUGCCUGUAUUUGAAACUAGAGAGAGUGAAAUUGGAGAAUUUAUUAAAAGCAAAAUUUUGAGAUGCAGUAAUGUAUGCCUUAAAGCAGAUGGCGGUGCAAAAGAAUGUUGGGAUGACAAAAGUGAACUUUGUCUGUUGAAGGUAUUUGGGAUAAAAACAUUGGUCAAAAGCUACUUGCCUGUUAAAGAUGCUCAUCUUCGUCCUGCUAUUGAUGACCUUCUAGGACUCCUCAGAAAUAUACUUUCUUUUGGUGAAAUAUCAGAAGAUAUAGAAUCAAGUUCAGUUGAUAAGGCCCAUUUGAGGCUUGCUGCGGCCAAGGCAGUUCUUCGGCUCUCUCGGUGCUGGGAUCAUAAGAUUCCUGUUGACGUCUUCCACUUAACCAUCAGGACCCUAGAGAUCUCCUUCCCUCAAGCUAGGAAACUAUUCCUCAGCAAAGUUCAUCAAUACAUAAAGGACCGGCUCUUGGAUGCAAAAUAUGCUUGUGCUUUCUUAUUUAGCAUAACUGAAUCCAAACUGCUUCAUUGUGAUGAGGAAAAACAGAAUUUAGCCGACAUCUUUCAAAUGUAUCAGCAGGCAAAAGCUCGGCAGGUUGCUGUACAAUCUGAUACAAAUUCCUCAACAGCAUACCCUGAAUACAUCCUACCUUAUUUGGUCCAUGCUCUUGCUCAUCUUUCAUGUCCCAACAUAGAUGAAUGCAAGGAUGUCAAAGCAUUUGAAUUAAUAUACCGGCAGUUGUACUUGACUAUUUCUUUGUUGGUAAAUAAAGAUGAAGAUACCAAGUCAGAAGCUGGUGUCAACGAGAAGGAAAGUAUUUUUGUGAUAUUCUCUAUCUUUCAGAGUAUCAAGCAUUCUGAAGACAUUGUUGAUGCAACAAAAUCAAAGAAUUCACAUGCUAUCUGUGACCUUGGACUUUCCAUCAUGAAGCGCCUGCUAGCAUAUAAGGAGGGGGAUUUUGAGGGGCUUAUACAGACAGUCUCUCUGCCUCCACUCCUCUACAAACCGUAUGAAAGAAAAGAAGGUGAAGAUUCCGAGGUUGGUGAAAGGCAAACAUGGUUAGCUGAUGAGAGUGUCUUGUCUUACUUUGAAUCCCUAAAGUUGGAAUGGGAUGCAACGGCUCAUACGGAGAUUGCCGAGGAGGCUCUCAAAGAUAGUGAAAUAGAUGGAAAUGAAAUGCCACUCAGAAAAAUGAUUAAGCGAUUAAAAUCUAAAGGAGCCAAGGGUGGAAGGGCAAAAAAGAACCGGUCUCUCUCAGCAGAAGCAAAAGAUACUGAAAAUGAAGUUGAUAUUUUGAAAAUGGUGAGGGAAAUAAAUUUGGAUAGUCUAGGGAUGUCCAGUAAGUUUGAAUCAAGCAAUGGUCAUAAACAUUUUCCUACCAAGAAAGUGAAAUUGGAGGAGGAGCAUCAGGAAGGUAAAAAGAGAAAAGUCAGUGGUGCAGCUUCUGUCCCAGUGCCUAAACGUAGGAGGACAUCAUCUGCUCACGGUGCUUUCAAAAUUUCAAGAAGUGCUUCUAAGGUCCCUUCAAGAGAUUCAGGAGAUGACAGGCAUGAAGUUAAAGAUUUUGCAUUGCAAUCUGCUGAAAUGGACAUUGAUAAACUCCAUGAUUCAAAAGAUAAAAUGCCCAUGCGCCACAAAUUGAAUGAGAACAAUGAAUCUGACUACUUGGUGUCUUGCAUUCGGAAGAAAAGAAGCAUCUCAUCAAAAGGUAAAGGCAAAGGCUUAGAUUGGGGUCAUAGUGAUGAAGGAGUCGAAGAUGAAGCUGAUGAUGAAAAUCUGGAGAAGUUGGACACCACCACUGGUAUUAAGUCUGCUGCUGGAUCUAGCAAGAAGCAGAAGAGGGGCUUUGCAGGAUUAGCAAAGAGCUCAAUGAAGAAAGAUGAAGUUGAUAUUGCGGACUUGAUUGGUUACAGAAUAAAAGUAUGGUGGCCAAUGGAUAAGCAGUUUUAUGAAGGAACAGUUAAGUCUUAUGACCCUAUAAAAAGGAAGCACGUGGUAUUAUAUGAUGAUGGAGAUGUGGAAGUGCUACGCCUGGAAAGAGAGCGUUGGCAGCUCAUUAAUACUGACCUCAAGUCUGGAAAGAAAGCAAAUUCAUUGAAAGGCAGCAAGGGCCCUCUGAAGGAAGUGUCUCCUGGGCAGAAAAGUAAGAGCUUAGGUGGUUCACGACAGAAAAAGAGUUCAGUAAAGAUAGUUAAGGGGAAAAGAACUCCAAAGAAAAACUUGAAGCAUGCUCAAAAGAGUUCGUUGAAAAGUAACUUUACUGGAGCUGAAGACGAAGAGAAGGCUGAUGUGUCAAAAUCGAAAUCCACUGCUGCAAAUAAAAUUCAUAAGGUGAACUCAGAUGAAUCAGAAGGAGCAGACACCGAAAUGGUAGAUGAGAACUUAGCAGCUAGGGAACAAUCUGAGAAGGAAGUGGCUUCAGUUUCCCAGGAGAGAUGUUCAGAAGAUACAAAGGGGAGCCCAAAUCAUGCUGAUGGGAAUCUUUCUGAAGAUGUAGAUAGCAUUUCAGAAAAUGCGCAAAAGGGGGAUGAGGAAGAGAAACCAGCUGAUGAAUUAAGUGAAGACUCAAGAGAUCCUUCUAGUAAAGCAACUGAAUCGGAAGCCAAAGCGACUCAAGAAAGUGAUAAGAUUGAGAGUGAAUCUCCAAUUUUGAAGAAAUUCUGGAAAGGAGCUUCAUUGCCUUCAGUUGCCGUGGAUUCAGGGAUUUCUGAUGAUGAGCCCCUUAGUAAGUGGAAGCGGAAAUCAGAUUCCAAGCGAGUGCAGUAGCCAGGAGGGAGUUUGAACCUCAAAAGCAGUCGUGCAGUGCUUUGUAGAAGUGGGAAACAAGUGGCGCUGUGUCAGAUCAAGUCUCAGAAAGAACCUAACAGAUCGCAGAAGAUGAGGGUCAUUUGAAUCAGACUCUAUGUAAACAUAAACAUAGUAAUAAAUGUCCGAGUAGGUGCCCUAGACUAGAACCGUGUAGAGCGAAUGUACUGUAAAAAUAACUGUAGGCAUUAGGGGGAAAUUGUUGGUGCUUGUCAGAGAAUUGGGGCAAGGAUGAAUGGUGUAGCUGACCAGGGGUUCGCCGGUAGAUGGUAGAAGAUUGCAAGGUGUAGUUUGGAUCUCACCAUGAGCUACAAAGAUAGAUAAAUAGAUAGAUAGAUAGGUCACGAGUAGAGCUAGUUAUAUUUUGGAAUUUGGGGAUAGUUUUUUAAGUUGAAAUAAUUUGGUUCAAACACCUAACAUAACAUCCAUAUCACAUUGAUUAUUAUUUCACCGUCGUCUGCUGGCUAGCUGUUGGGUGUGGCAACACUUAAUUGUUUGUAUUAUUGUGUCUAAAUUAAAAAUGCUACAAUUGAAGUAUUUAUGUGUGAAUGCAAGGUCAUAAACAAAAAAAAAAAAAAAAAGUCAUCUUAGCUUAUGAUGAUGGGUUGUGAAUAUGAAAUUGCGUUUCAUCUUUGAGAGUUCAAUCAGACUGUUAGAAAGAAUGAAAUAUGUGUUCAUCGAAACUCGUCUAAGAGUGACGAAGGGGUGCGCCAACAGUUGCGUCUCGAUUUGUUAUUCAAUAGCUGAUGACUGAAGUUAGGGUAUUGGACUAAGUCUUGGAUAGGCUGCAGUACUACUACAAGCAAAUCUAGGAACAUCAUCUUCCAACUUCCAGGGUACUCCUAUAUUAGA